AUGGAAAAAGAGAAUUCUUCAACACCUCCAUUAAAUCGUAAUACUGAUGAAACAAAUAUAUUUACUUCUUCAAUAUUUGAUACCUUACAAAAUGAAUCGGACUCUUUAAUAACUGAACAGAUAACUUCAAAUCCCUCUUCUUAUACUCUGCUUGAUUCUCCAUCACUACCUACUUCUCAUAAUUCAACGAAUAAACAAAAGGAGGUUUGGUUUUCGGAUAUAAAUAGUUUGAAUGAUAUUUUUGCUUCUUUAGGUACUUCUAAUGCUUUAACAAAAAAUUCUAAAAUUGAUGAUAGUAAAAAAGAUAUUAUUGAAUGUAGUAAACUAGUUGAUAAUAAUAACUUGAAAAACCUUUUAAUUGAUGAUGUUAAAUCUAGCGAACAUAAUGAUUCAUUUAACGUUUCCCAAAAUUCCUUCGAUUUAUCUUCUCAAAUUCCCAAUUCUCAACAAGAAUUUCUUAAUAAUUCUUCUUCAAUUCCAAUGUCUUCACCUUCUUUUGAUUACCUUGCGUCAAUAGAAACUUCAAAAUCUGCUUCUCCUUCUCCUUUAUUCUGUCAACCUCAAAAUUUAUUAAAAAUUGAUAUCAUUCAAUGUCAAUUUGAAUAUUUUGGUGGAAAACCUUCUGCUGUUAUAAAUUCAAAAUAUCUUGGUGAUUUAGCUUUUUUAUAUAGAAUUAGAGAUUCUAUGCAAUCUGAAGGUGGGGGUGAAAUUUCUUUUUGUUUAAAUGGAAUGUCGGAUGAAGUUUCUAUUCCAUUUAACCAAUUGACCGGAUUCAAGAUCACUA